AUGAGACAAAGCGUGUCUGCUUUUCGUCAUAAGCUGGAUAUAUUUGAAAAAGAUAUUGCACAACAAAAAUUCAUUCAUUUUCCAACUAUUCUUGAAUGUAAUGAAAAUAAGGAGUACUUCGAAGAAAAUAUUGCAGUGUUCGCUACAUUUUUGGGCGAUCUUAGGAACGAAUUUACUUCAAGAUUCCAAGACUUUGCACAGUCCCUGUCAACAUGGUCCCUGCCAGCAAAGUUCACCACCUUUGUGGAUCCUACCGAGAAAUAUCUGUCGAAUACCCGGCACGAGGUAAGCUUGCGAGAGCAAAUCGAGGAGGACUUGAUGACGGCAACAGUCAAAGGGCACUCGUUCGAAAGCGGUGCCAUAGACCCAGUUUCGUUUAUGUAUGUCGACCCGUACGAAGUGAAUCCGUUAUCCAGAAGCUCAGAUUUGCCCCCCGCAACGAUACUAGCCGAUAUACCGCUCAAGGUCGAAUCCAGUGUUUCACAACAAAGCCAGUGCGCAACAAGAGGUGGUGUGUUUUACGUUCCUCCAAAGAGAAUCAAAUUGGAAAUGGAGGAAUUCGGCGACCUGUCGUCGUUCGUUUCCCCCAAACGGGUAAUGUCCAAUUCUGUAGAUGAACUCAAUACUCCAGUCUUCGAUAAGGAUGCUUUUGAUUUCGACAUAAGCAGUUAUCAGACAAACGUUCAGGCGGACUUGCACCUCAUGCUGAAGUGCGAUGCUGCGUUCUUCCGCGAAAAUAGCUCCUUUAUUCCACUAAACCACCAAGAGGACGUUUUCAUAAACCCGGAGAACAUGCAUCGGAACGCAGUAGCAAUUAAUAAUCAACAACUAUAUACUGACGCCGAUAUUUACUCGCCCACAGCGUCAGAAAAUGGUACAUACAUUGUUAAACAGUCCCCGGACAACUCUUCCAUGUUCGACAUGGACAUAAACAGUAGUGUUAGUGUUAAAAGUAGUAGUAGACAUUCUUCUUAUCCAUCUUCGCCGGUGGGCUCCGUCCACCCCGCUGCGACGGAAACCCUCGACGACAGUGAACGGUCGUUCCAGUCCACUUCUUCGUCGAAGCCUAGGUUGUCGUUGGAUCUCGGUCUGGGCCAUCAGACCAACCUUCUAGAUGUCAAUACGCCUAGCAUCAUCGCCGAAGUCGUUAGCUUGGAAUCGACUGGUUUUAACAUCUUAGAUCUCGUUAAAGAGGACGACAUAAAAUUUGUAAAUGACGUUUUUCCCGACGCCUCCACCUCGACCCUACCACGCUCAUCUAAUGUGUCGCAAAAAGUUGCCGUUAAACAACCGAGAAGGCGGCAUAGAAUGGCCGAUGACGACGACGACGAAGACUACGUCCCGCCUUCUAUGAAGACGAGCAGAUAUCCUGUAGCCCAUGACUAUUCCUCAGACAGCGAGGACGAGAAGCCUCAGAGGAAGAAGGCUAGAGGCAGACCUCCUAAGAGGACGGAAUCUAUUUCGUUAUCAUAUCUGUAUCAUUUUUAA